AUGCAGAAUCGGAAUUUUGCACCAACCUAUUGCUCCUCCGGUUCCAGCCGCUUAACAUGCUUCCAUGGCACCCGCGCGGCUGAUAUCGGCAGGGACUCCCUCUGCAUCGCUCAAGGUGCACUUUUCAACCGGCAGAACAACAAGUACGCCGUCGACUGCGAGGUUAGAAGACCGGAGAGGACGCAGUUAAAACAAGGGAUUACUGCCUUUGAGGAAAUGAAAGAGCACUGGUAUGAGACUGGCGCGCCGAUCGUUUUCAACCGAGUCGUUGAUAUAGGGCUUGGCCUUAUCUCAAACGACCAACCAGGCACCGUUAACUCGGACGCUGCAUCCUCCCCACGAUACACCGUCUUGAUCAAGCGUGAGGGCAACACGAACUUCUGGCACAACCUGAUGGAAAUAUGGUCCAUGGCGUACUCGCUUGACGUACUGCGCAUGAGCCGAGAGAACACCAGCGCCGAAGACCCGAGCUCCGAUGCCAGCCGUCCGUUGCUUACCACCUCAGCCCUAGCUCACGAUACCCAAGUCGUGGUCGUGGAUGACGAGCCGGAGGGACCGCUAUACGAACUCUGGUCACUCCUCACUGGGUCUCAUCCCGUUCGACUUUCGGCAAUUCGUGACGAGCCAGACAAGUACGAGCACCUAGUCUCGGGCCUACAGAACAUCAUCGUGCCCUUGCCAGGGGCCGCCAAUCCCUUGUGGCAAAACGAUUGGGAUGAUCGCGACUGUACCACCUCGGUCAACCUCAAGGUUUUCAUUGACCGCAUCAAAAGGCAUUACGACUUGCCCGCUCCAAAGAAGUCAUCAUCGUGGUUCAAGCGCAAACUUGAACUGACUCUUAUCGACCGGAAGGGGUCGCGCAAACUCGUCGGCGCGGAUCAACUGCUGCGCGUUAUCCAAUCGAAAUUCCCCGAAGUGAACGCGAAGAUGGUAGAUCUUGGCGACAUGUCAUUCACGGAGCAGUUGAAGCUAAUACAACAGACGGACAUACUGGUUGGGGUGCAUGGCGCAGGCCUUACCCACACUAUGUUCAUGCGGCCGGGUCACGGUGCGGUAAUUGAAAUCCGUCCACCGGAGAUGGACCACAAGGGAUUCAAAAACUUGGCCAAGAUGAUGGGAAUACACUACUAUACGACCCGCGGCGAGCUCGUGACUGGGAAGGGAAAGUCCAAGCGCGAUGAAUGGCAUUUUGCAGACAUCAGUGUUGAGGAAACCAGCUUGAUGGAGCUUGUGCAGGAAGCCGUUAAGACGCUAUCAGAGGAGGGGAAAUCAAGUUAG